AUGGAUUUUGAGCUACGGAGGGCGCAGCAGCGAUACGAGAAGGAGCAGCGUGAGAAGCGGGAGGCGGCGCGGCUGAAGGCGGAGAGGCAGAGGAAGGCGAAGGAAGAGAUCGAGGCGCGUCGGAGGGCUAUCGAAGAGGCGCAGAGGCUCAAGCGGUUGGAGGAUGCUGCAGCUGCUGAAGCAGCUCGUCGUCAAGCGGAGGCGGAUCUGCAAGCAGGGGGCGGCAUCCGCUUCAAUCGCGAGCUGAUCCCCGUCGCUAUAGCGGGCGACCGCGAUAAGAUCACACUCCCGCAGUCGGUGCUGUCCGAUCUGCCGCUAGACGAGGCCCUCGAUAGAGGACCCAUGCUCUUCGAGCUCUCCGUUCCGCGCGCCGCUGGCGGAAGCGCGGCAGGCGGAAGCGCAACCGGCGGAAGCACGGCGGACGGAAUGGAGGUUGAUGGGGAGGAAGAGGAUGACGCCGACGAGGGUGGUUAUGCGGUGGAUGUUGAUCUUAACGGGGGUGAUUAUAACGGGAGGAGAGUGAAGCGGAGGGUGACGCAUGGAGGCGUUUUGGAGUUUACUGCGCCGGAGGGCUGUGUAGGUCUACCCCCUCUUAUCCUGCGAAAUUUGGGGUUAACGGGGAUUAUGGACGUCUUUAAUCCGUCCGGUACUCCCCCCUCUGUGCGUGUCCGCUUCGUCAAGCUCCCUAAAGCCACGUUCGCGCGGCUCCAGCCGCUGCGCCACGGGUUUCUUGCUGACGUGGCGAAUCACCGCGCUGUUCUGGAGGCGGCGCUGCGGGGCCAGGCGGCGCUGACACGUGGCGACGUGCUAUUGAUCGGGUCGGAGGUGGGGGAGGUGGCUGUGCGCGUGUGUGAGGUGAAAGGGGUGGGCGGCGCGAGAGGCGCUGCUACAGUGAUUGAUGCUGACGUGGAAAUUGAGCUGUCGCCAUGGGAGGCGGAGGGGGGAGCGGAAGGCAAGGGAGGAAUGGGGAACAGGCAGGGGGAAGGCAAGGGGGAGGGAAAGGGAAAGGGGAAGGAAGGAGAAAUGCGGGAUGCAGGGAGGGAUGGGAAGAAUGUGGGGGACGGAGGGUGGGCUAUGGCUGGUACCGGGAGAAAGCUGAGGGAAACAGAUGAGCAACAAGGAGAGACAAGAGAGAAAGGAGAGGAAGCAGAGGGAGGAGGGAGAGGAGUUGGCGCUGGAGUUGUAAAGAGGGAGGUGAUCCACGUGGGGAGUGCUGAUAGGCGCUUACUGGUGCUGCCUAUAGGGGGGAAAGGGCUAGCAGGGGAGAUUCAGGAGGGCGAAUGGAGGUAUUUCAAGGUUUAUGUUGAUGGGAGGUUAGGCAGGAGGUUGUAUCAGGGGGAGGUAGAACUGGAGUUCCGGUUGCAGCUUGAAGGGGGGUCGGCUGAUGUGGCUCGAGGAGGUGGUGACGUGGCGGAGGGUGAUGCCGACCUGUACCUGACCAGGCACCCUAUUGUGUACCCCUCGUUUCUGGACCAUGACGUGUCGCGGGCGGAUUUGGAAUCGGGCGGCGAGCACCACCAGCACUGCGGGGAGUGUGGGGAGGUGUUUGGUGGGAGAAAAGAGAGGGAGAAGCACAAGCAGGUUCGGCAUGGGGAGUUGGUGUGCGAGUGUGGACUCACUGGGAAGGCUGCCGAAGUGACCGCCGUCGCACCACCUGUCCCCGUCGCCCCAUCCUCUAUCGCUUCUGUGCUGCCCUCGUGCCGGCCCUCAUGUCUUUCCUCCCUUCCCCCCUCUCGCCUCAACCCACCCCCACCAGCACCACCACUGGCGCACCACCUGUCCCCACCGCCCCAUCCUCUGUCGCUUCUGUGCUGCCCUCGUGCCGGCCCUCGGCCCGCCCCUCUCCGCUAUAGACGGUCUCAACGGCCUCUCACCCCACGAGGCGCACUGUGGGUGCUUUCACACAUCAACCUCUCCCUCCCUCAUCUCUGCCCUCUGCUAAUGUUCCGUCUGUGUCUUCCCUCCCAUUUCCCCCACCUGCUUUCCUCCCCCACCCUCCCCCACCAGCACCACCACCGGCGCACCACCUGUCCCCAUCGCCCCAUCCUCUGUCGCUUCUGCGCCGCUCUCGUGCCGGCCCUCGGCCCGCCCCUUUCUGCUAGAGACCGCCUCAACGGCCUCUCACCCCACGAGGCUCAGUGUGGGGCCCGCACAGCCCCUUGUGACACGUGUAGACGGCCGGUUAUGUUGAAGGAGAUGGAUGUCCACGUGGCGGCUUUCCAUUCGCUGCCUGCCACGUCAGCAGCAUCGCCAGCUGCUGCCACUGCUAAUUCCACCACUGCUGCUGCUGCUGCUGCUGCCUCUCCUGGGAACGCUCCUGCUUCUGUGGCUGGUGGGAGGAGCACGCACACGCACACAGAUAUGGAUGACGAGCAUUGGGCAAGAGCCUAUGCCGGAGAUUCUGUUGCUGUGGGUGGUGGGAGGGGCACACACACGCACACAGAUAUGGACGAAGAGCACUGGGCAAGAGCCUAUGCCGGAGAUUUUGAGGAGGACCAGGGGUUGCAAGGAAGAGUCGGAGAUGGGAUGGUGGGGGAUGUAGGGAAUGUUGGGGCGAGGGGUGGGAAUUUGGAUGGGGGUUUGGAGAAAAGGGAUGGGCCGGGUGGGGCGAGUGGGCUUCCCGCGUCACUCGCGGCGCUGAGUGAAGAAGCCCUAUUGGCUGCGCGCGAGGCGGCUUACGAGCAGCAGCUUCUAGCGGUGCGUGCUUCUAACGAGGGGACCGCGCCGAUUGGUCAGGCGGGGGGGAGGGAAGGGGAGGGGGAGGGGGAGGAGGUCGAGGGGGAGGCGGAGGAGGAGGAAGAGGAGGAAGAUGAGGAGGAGGGGGAUAGGGAUGAGAUGGACGGUGGGGAUGACGCGAUGAGUGACGAAUUCGGGCAGGAAACAGGGGGAGGGUUGUAG